AUGGCGCUCGACAUCUCUGACAGCGGCAUGUUGCUCGGGAGCUCGGCCAACGCCACGGCCGAGCUCCCAUCGCAGGCAUUCGCCAUCUCUCUGAGUGGCAGCGUGAUUGAGGACAUGAUUGCUUGUGUGCAGAAUGGCGGGGAUAUCCAAUUGGCGUUGGGCAGCAAUCCCAAAUUCUUGUUCGACGACCACGAGAUACGGAUACCCAAAACCUCCGACCCAUCUGGUUACGAUCUCUUUUUGGUGGAUUCAGGGGAUCCCUCCAGGGCCACCAGAUUGCCGAAUCCGACCAUGUCUAUUCUCAAAGCCCUCAAGCGCGAGCCCAAAGCAAAGGCCUUGAAGGCACCCAGGCUCCCAGGAAAGGGAGAACCAAUGGCCAAGAAAGCUCCCGCUCGGCAGCCGGCGAAGUCCUUAACCACGACAUCCAAUACCGCCAAAGGUAUGGGCUCCCAAGACGGGCCCGAGGAUGCUGCGCUGCGGUUGGAGCGUUCGCUUGCCAGUCUGGAAGCUGACAAGCGGGGAAACUCUGCUGUGAUUGUCGGCGGCCUGCCCAGCUCCAAGGGGGCGAAACUCAAAGCAAGUAGCAGAUUUCUCGGCGCUGCUUCGCCUCGGUCCUUACCACCAAGUCCGGCAUUGAGCGGAAUUGGCUCUCCUUCGCUUCCUCCUUCCAGCAACACGACACAAGACAGACUGAAACGGCUUCGAUUCCCCAUCAUGCACGAGCUGGCGGUUCAGUCACUAUCCCGCGAGGAUCUCUUAGCGAGGUGGGAUGAAGGCACCGAGGACGAAUUCACCACGGCACUCAGCAAGGUUGCCGACCUUGACAAGGAUUCGCAGAAAUGGGUGUUAAAGAGGAAUAGCUGGAAGGAACUGGACGUCUUCGAGUACAGCUAUGCCAAUGAGGAAGACCGCCGGACGGCCAUCAACAAUGCCAUUAAAAUCUACGAUCGCAUGCGGAUAAGCGCUUCCGAUCCCCUUUGGCAAAAGCUCCUCCCGAAAUCGGAGCGCGGGAAGGGCAUAUGCCUGAGCAGGCUGCAAGCGACCAUUGCCAAGGGACCCGCCGGCCCAACACCCAGACAGAAAACUGAUGGUGCGAGCGCCAGCGGCGGUGACUCGGAAAGGGAAUGCAAAGGUGGCGAAGCGAUGUCUAGAUCUAGUUCUCAGACAUCGACCGGGAGGAAGAAGUUGUCGGCAUCAGAAGCCCAGGCGAAACGGCUGUUGUCGAAUUCGAAGAGAAAGGCGACGGCGGCGACAACGGCCAAGCCGCCAUCGAAGGCUCCUACCGCCAAACCAGCCACAAAAGGAGCACCCCCAAAGGCGGCCCGGGUCAAGUCCAAGGAGUUCGUUUCGGAUUCAAGCUCCAGCGAUGAUGAGGAGCCUCUUUCGACGUCGAUUGGGAAGCCUAAAGCCUCUGGUGCUCAAGCCAAACCCGCGCAACGGGCAGCUGAGAAGCAAAGGGCAGUGGAGAAGACGAACGAGGCGCCCGCUGCGAAGGCAAAACCCUCUGCGGCUGCCAAGGCGCAACCACGGGAGCAGAAGAGCGCAAAGGAACAGGACACCAUUCGCGCCCAGGUUAUCGCGAAGCCAAUCAGGCCCCCGACGAAGCGUCCACGGGACGCUGACGACGACGAUAGCUCUAGUUCCGGCACACCGCUCAGUAAACGCAUGAAGCCUGCCGGAAAACCACUGCCAGCACCAGUUAACUCAGCAAAAGCACGCACCGCUUCAGAUGCCAGCCAGAACAGCCGCGGGACCAGCCAGGGCGUGCCUGCACCCAAACCCAAGAACAGAUCGCCGGUCAAAUCAUCCCCUUUGGCUUCGUCUCCGCCGACGAACGCAUCGGAUAUGGAGCGGGAUCGCGACACCGCCAUCCGUAGCAGUAGCAGCAGCACCACUGACAGCAGUGCUGCCAGCGUCGUCACAGCCAAGAAGCGGCCGCCGGGCGAUUCGUCGUCCGGAAACAAGGCGAAGCGACACCGGCUUUCUCAAGAGACCAUCGAGAUGGCACUUCGGUUCAAGCAAUCCUAUGCACGAUACUAUCAGCUUCACCUGGAUCUUUCGACCCACGACAACCCGGAUCCCGGCAAAGUGGCGGACUUGAACGACAUGUACGAUCGAUUGAGCCGAAUGAAGACAGAAAUUUAUGCCGCUGUCGAGGCCUAA